AUGCGCUUGGCCAUACAAGCGUUGGCCGUCCUGGCCGUUGCCUGUACCAGCGUGAGGGCUUUUCCUCAGCAGACUGCACCGCCGAACGGCACUUCGCCCGCUACCACGCCCGUAACAACUCCAGCCCCCAGUUGCGAAGCCGAUUGCAGAUUCAGACCUCCAUAUUUCUGGACCGUGUCAUGGUACACCAACGAAGUAACUGAGAACAUCACAUAUGCCACCGUCAUUACCAUCAUCAACACCGUCCGAAACACAACCAGAUAUGUUACCAGUACCGUUGACUUGCCCGACGGCUACACUCUGCCUCCAACCAAUGAAGCCGGCACCCGCCUCUGCUCCGUGAUUUAUAAUGGUACCAUGACCACGAUACCCUUUCCGAGCGUUAUUGGCGACUAUGGAUCAACCUAUAGCUGGAGUGGUCGCCUGCCAACCACCCGAGCAAAUGCAACCGGCACGAUAUGUUCCGAUUCAGGAGGUGAAGCAGUAACUUUCAGAUCGCAUCCUGAUUUUAACGCCUUCUGGUCAUCUUAUACAACGAUGCCCCCCAAGGCGACUGGUCCGGUAUACGGUGACCCGCGAGGCCUGAACUGGGAAUGCAUGCGGCAAGAUGCUGCUGGUUCGCGUGAUGAUUUCAUUUCCUCUCACUUUACCGACGAAGCCGCCUUUUCCCUGUGCCUACCUGAGGACUGGGCUCCAGUUCUGACUGGCAAGACAGCGGCUUUUCUCACUACUACAUCGGUUUCGUAUGAAGGAGACGGAGAGACAACAACCCCUGAGAGCGCACACAUCGAGACCUCCGUACCUGUCCAAGUACCAACUCCAACUGACGUUACUUCAACCGCUCAUACAGAGGAGUCCGCGGAAGUAACACCGCCAACUGACGCUACUUCAACCGCUCAUACAGAAGAAUCUGCAGACGUAACUCCUCCAGAUGAGACAUCCGCCCCGGGAUUCGCACACACUGAACUCCCUGCACCCGUGCAGCCACCUUCCUUGUCCAUUACAACUGUUUUUCCUACAGCACAUACCGAGUUGCCACAAACUCUUGACGAGCCCGAGCCUACUACCGUCCCUCCUACUGAAGUUGGGACCGUCAUAAAGCCCCCUUCUGGCACCACCACUGCUGGAGACGGCGGAAUAGGUGGAGUCAUCGGCUCUCUCAUUGGAAGUUACCUUUCGAACGGAGGAGCACCACCAACAAAUAUACCCGCGCAACCUGCUCAGAGCGCCGUAGUUAAUCCACCUGCGGGCACCCCGGCACCACCGAGUACGAAUAUUCCAGUAGGAACCACUUCUGUGGCUGUUGUCCCCACUGCAAUCCCGACCAUUAUUGCCGGAACAAGCACCACUAUCCCUGCUGUGGUUGUAGGAUCAACGACUCUCACGGCAGGGCAGACGACUGUGAUUGAUAAUACUCCAAUCUCCGUACCCACCACCGUCGCUCCUGCGCCUCAGGAUGGUCAACAAAAUAAUCAACUUCCUCAACCCCCCGCAGUGGUCAUUGGAGGCAGCAGCACAGUCACUCUUCCCACCGCUGCUCCCGCCGCUCAAUCUCCUUCUCCACCCGCCCUCACCAUCGGCGACCAAACAAUCCAGCCGUCAGGCACCGCAUACAUCAUCUCCGGCCAAACCGUCUCCCCGGGGACCCCCAUCACCCUCGGCACCGGGCCCUCCGCCACCGUCAUCGCCCUAACCACCAACGCCGCCGGCUCCCCUAUCGUCAUCGUCGGCAGCUCCACCAUCCCCUACACUACUCCAGCCAUCACCGGCGCCCCGCCCAUCGUCCCGCUUUCCCCCCUCACCCUCGCCGACGGCCAGACCAUCGUCGCAGCCUCCGGCUCUGCCGCCUACGUCAUCGCCGGCCAAACCCUCUUCCCCGGCGGCGCUCCCAUCACCGUCGCCGGCACCACCUACGCCCUAACCACCGACGCCGCCGGCCAAACCAUCGCGGUCGCUAACGGCGCCGUCAUACAGACCGUAGCGCCGGCUGCGACGGCUGCGGUUGCUGCUACAGCACAAACAACGUCGGCUCCACCGCUCGUCAUCUACGGCACCACCAUCCAGCCCGUCGACGGCACCGCGUACGUCUACGACGGCCAGACGCUGACGCUGGGCGGCACCGUGACGGUCGGUGGCGACGCAGGCAGCAGCAAGACGACCCUGGUGUUGACGACGAAUGCGGCGGGGCAGACGGUCGUCGUGCAGACGGUUGGAGGGACGAGGACGACGGCGACGGCGACGGCGAGCAGGGGUUCUUCGACGAGCAGUGGUUUGGGUGGGUUGAUUAAUUCGGGGCUUGGUGGGACCGGGGGUGCGACGGCGGCGGCGUCGUCGACGGGGGCGGCUGCUGUGGUGGGCGUGGAUGGCGGAUGGCUGGGAGCGGUGCUGGGGUUGUUGGUGGCGGUUGUGUGA